CGCCUGCAGAGCCAGGCUGCUGCUGCAGCUGCGGCUGAGGCAGAUGGUGGUGCUGCUUCCAGACCGUUUGCUUCCGAGCCUGGGCCUGGUCUCCAAGUGAGGAGGCGGGACGUGGCCAAUCCGGGGCCCUGAAGGUGCCCAGUGCCCGCUGAGGCUUAGUGGGGAUUCAGGCUGCGGCCUGUCAGAGCCAGACAGGGAGGCGCCCACGCUCCUGACAGUAUAAGAUGGCGGCGAUGGCGCCUGGAGGUGGUGGCGGCGGCGUGAAUCCAUUCCUCAGCGAUUCGGACGAGGACGACGACGAGGUUUCAGGGACCGACGAGCGGCGGGCAGGACUUCGGCUGAGUUCCGGGGUCGGCCUAGAUCCUGGCUCUGCGGACUCGCUAUCGCCUCAGGAUCCCGUGGCCUUAGGGAGCAGUGCACGACCAGGGCUCCCUGGGGAGGCGUCGGCGGCUGCGGUGGCCCUGGGGGGCACUGGCGAGACCCCGGCCCGAUUGUCAAUUGAUGCGAUCGCGGCUCAGUUGUUGCGCGAUCAAUACUUGCUGACCGCCCUGGAGCUGCACACCGAGCUGUUAGAGAGUGGCCGCGAGCUCCCUCGGCUGCGCGAUUACUUCUCCAAUCCCGGCAACUUCGAGAGGCAGAGCGGGACCCCGCCGGGGUUAGGGGCGCCGGGGAUCCCUGGAGCAGCCGGCGUUGGAGGCGCAGGAGGUCGGGAGCCGAGUACUACGUCGGGUGGGGGACAGCUCAAUCGAGCUGGGAGCAUCAGUACCCUUGAUUCUUUAGACUUUGCAAGAUAUUCAGAUGAUGGUAACAGGGAAACGGAUGAGAGAGUGGCAGUCCUGGAGUUUGAACUACGGAAAGCCAAGGAGACCAUUCAGGCCCUCCGAGCCAACCUGACAAAGGCUGCAGAACACGAAGUUCCUUUACAGGAACGAAAAAAUUACAAAUCAAGUCCUGAAAUUCAGGAGCCAAUCAAACCUCUUGAAAAGAGAGCUCUAAACUUCUUAGUCAAUGAAUUUUUAUUGAAGAAUAACUACAAGCUGACAUCAAUAACCUUUUCAGAUGAAAAUGAUGAUCAGGAUUUUGAACUAUGGGAUGAUGUAGGAUUAAACAUUCCAAAACCUCCAGACUUAUUGCAACUCUACCGAGAUUUUGGAAAUCAUCAAGUGACUGGGAAAGAUCUUGUGGAUGUGGCCAGUGGUGUAGAAGAAGAUGAAUUAGAGGCUCUGACACCAAUUUUAGUUAACCUUCCUCCAACCCUUGAAACUCCUGCUGCUGUAGAGAACUCCUUGCUAGUAAAGAAAUUAGAAGAUAAAAUUAGUUUAUUAAAUAGUGAGAAAUGGUCUUUGAUGGAACAAAUCAGAAGACUUGAAAGUGAAAUGGACUUCCUCAAAAAUGAACACUUUGCCAGCCCUGUAGUUUGUGACUCUGUUCAGCCUUCUUUGGAUCAGUCUCCCCACAAGGACUCUGAAGACAGUGGACAGAAUUCAGUUAUAAAUAGUUCAGACAUGGGAGAAAACAAGGAUAUCCAUCUUUCAAAAUCAGAUGAAAUUGAUUCCACUAUUCCUAAAGAGAAUUUCCCACGUUCUUUCCCCAGGAGAGAAAGAGAAGGAAUGCCAUCUUCUUCUCCAUCAAAUAAAAGCACAGUCCAUUUUGAUAAACCCAAUCGGAAGUUGUCUCCUGCUUUCCAUCAAGCACUACUCUCUUUCUGUCGAAUGUCAGCAGAUAGUCGUUUAGGAUCAGAGGUGUCUCGGAUUGCAGACAGUGAGAAAAGUGUUAUGUUAAUGCUGGGGCGCUGCCUGCCACACAUUGUUCCUAAUGUGCUGUUGGCAAAGAGAGAGGAGUUGAUCCCCCUCAUAUUGUGUACAGCCUGCCUACAUCCCGAGCCUAAAGAGAGAGAUCAGCUUCUCCACAUACUUUUCAAUUUGAUCAAGAGACCAGAUGAUGAGCAAAGGCAAAUGAUACUGACAGGUUGUGUGGCAUUUGCACGUCAUGUUGGCCCAACACGUGUAGAAGCUGAACUUUUACCACAGUGUUGGGAACAGAUUAAUCACAAAUACCCAGAAAGAAGAUUGCUUGUGGCGGAAUCUUGUGGAGCACUGGCACCUUACCUUCCUAAAGAAAUCCGUAGCUCCUUGGUUCUUUCAAUGUUGCAACAGAUGUUAAUGGAAGAUAAGGCAGAUUUGGUAAGAGAAGCUGUGAUCAAAAGCCUCGGUAUCAUUAUGGGAUACAUUGAUGAUCCAGACAAAUAUCAACAGGGUUUUGAACUGUUGCUGUCAGCCUUGGGUGACCCCUCAGAAAGAGUAGUUAGUGCAACACAUCAAGUAUUUUUACCAGCUUAUGCUGCCUGGACUACAGAACUUGGAAAUUUACAGUCUCAUCUUAUACCUACAUUGCUGAACAAGAUUGAAAAACUUCUCAGGGAAGGAGAGCACGGGCUGGAUGAACAUAAGCUCCACAUGUAUCUGUCUGCCUUGCAGUCCUUGAUCCCAUCUCUCUUUGCAUUAGUGCUACAGAACGCACCUUUCUCCAGCAAAGCCAAGCUUCAUGGUGAAGUGCCACAGAUAGAAGUGACUAGGUUCCCUCGGCCUAUGUCGCCUCUUCAAGAUGUGUCUACUAUUAUUGGAAGUCGUGAGCAAUUGGCAGUACUGCUACAACUUUAUGAUUACCAGCUGGAACACGAGGGUACAACAGGCUGGGAGAGUUUACUAUGGGUUGUCAAUCAAUUGUUGCCACAGCUUAUAGAAAUAGUUGGCAAAAUUAAUGUUACUUCAACUACCUGUGUCCAUGAAUUCUCCAGAUUUUUCUGGCGCCUUUGCCGGACAUUUGGCAAAAUUUUUACAAACACUAAGGUAAAACCUCAGUUCCAGGAGAUUUUAAGACUGUCUGAAGAAAAUAUUGAUUCCUCAGCAGGAAAUGGGGUCCUCACUAAAGCUACUGUCCCCAUUUAUGCAACAGGAGUCCUUACGUGUUAUAUUCAGGAAGAAGACCGAAAGCUGUUAAUUGGAUUCUUAGAAGAUGUAAUGACCUUGCUUUCAUUAUCUCAUGCUCCUCUUGAUAGCCUGAAAGCUUCUUUUGUGGAACUGGGUGCAAAUCCAGCCUACCAUGAGUUAUUGUUAACUGUUUUGUGGUAUGGUGUUGUCCAUACUUCAGCACUUGUGAGAUGUACUGCUGCUAGAAUGUUUGAGCUGUUGGUGAAGGGGGUGAAUGAAACUCUGGUAGCUCAGAGGGUUGUUCCUGCUCUCAUAACUCUCUCCAGUGACCCUGAAAUCUCUGUCAGGAUUGCCACAAUUCCAGCCUUUGGCACUAUUAUGGAAACAGUUAUUCAAAGAGAGUUGCUGGAAAGAGUGAAAAUGCAGUUGGCUUCUUUCCUGGAAGAUCCUCAAUAUCAAGACCAGUAUUCUUUGCAUACAGAAAUCAUAAAAACAUUUGGUAGAGUUGGGCCUAAUGCAGAACCAAGGUUCCGAGAUGAGUUUGUUAUACCACAUUUGCAUAAGUUAGCCUUGGUGAACAACUUACAAAUCGUGGAUUCUAAAAGACUGGAUAUUGCUACCCAUCUUUUUGAAGCCUACAGUGCACUUUCCUGUUGUUUCAUUUCAGAGGAUUUAAUGGUUAAUCACUUCUUACCUGGUCUCAGAUGUUUACGAAUUGACAUGGAACAUCUUUCUCCAGAGCAUGAGGUUAUUUUAACUUCCAUGAUAAAAGAAUGUGAACAAAAAGUAGAGAACAAGACCGUCCAAGAGCCUCAAGGUUUCCAAAGUAAUGAACUGAUCCACCCUCCAACCGGAGGCAAAAGAAAAGAGAAAAGGGAUUACAUGCAGAAAUAUCAGCACUGUGCAAAGGACAAAAGUUUCAGAAAAGCAUAUUUGGGAACUGUAAUUAAAGCUACAGCACAGACUCAAUGUCAAUUGCUGCAAGCUUAGUGAGUGAAGAUACAAAGACCAAGUUUUUGAACAAAAUGGGCCAGUUGACAACAUCAGGUGCCAUGUUGGCCAAUGUGUUUCAGAGAAAGAAGUAAAAGCAGGAAGGAAGCCCCCAGUAAACACUAAAUGGACCUCAAGCAGACUGGUUCCUUGUACUUGAAGUACUUGCCUUUUUUUAUUUCUUUUUUAUGUUCUUGCAUUAUAAUUUUAUCUUAACCUCCAAAGAUAUUUGCACUGCUUUUGAUUAUUGCUGUAUAUCUGUUAAUUUUGGAGUUACAACUGUGGUGAUAAAAAAUUGAGUUGAUAGUCUGUACCAAGUCCCUCCUCUAUGUUCUUGUCUUUCAGAAUAAUUUUAUAUAUAUAUAUAUAUAUAUAUAUAUAUAUAUAUGUUUUUUUUUUAAUUUUUGGAUGGGAUAUUAGCAAAUAUCUGUAUUAUACACUAAGCUAUUACAGUGGUACUUAAAAUAAUGUAAAUUUGCAGUCAUUGUUAUAAAGUAAUAAAAGUGGAGAUUACUUAAGUAUUUAAAUUAUGAAAGAAUAAUGCAGACUUUUUAUUGUUUCUUAACUGACUAGAAAGAGCCACCAGCAUUACUCUGUGCCUUUUGGACUUCAGUUUGUGUGUCUGUAGGAAUUGUGUGCAUUCCAUUCACACAGUGUUUAUAAUACUGCAAUGAAUUUGAAUUGCAAAUCCUACAGUAAGUAGAUAAUAAUGAAACUUUCAAUAUUUCAGCACUCUCAUGAAUAUUCUUUAAGUGCUAUUUAAACCUCCCCAUCACUUACAUGCAUAUAAUGGACUUACCUGAGGAAACCCAGCACAGAAGCAUGGGGAGUGGUUAACCAAGGUGAAUUUUACAUACUGGUGUGUAGUAGAUUUAAAUUCUCAAAACUAAAUUUAAGUAAGAAGACCUAAUAAUUGUGACAUUUUUUCCCAAACCGAAAUACAGAAGAAAAUAAUGGUUUGAAUCUAAUAGUUAACACCUAUUUACAUAAAACAUUUUAUUAAGAUGUUUUCUAAUGAUUUUAAUUUCAGAGAUUAUCUUUUCAUUCUGUGUGUUACAGAGAAGUACAGAAAAGUUCAGGACAUUUGGGGGCUGCUUUUUUCCCUCUAAACUAAAAAUGACAUUGGCUAAAUUAUUACUGGUUAGUCAUCACCUUGUCCCUUAAAGUCAGUGACUAUUCUUGUGUUUGAUAUAUAUUACAUAGAGUCUUAAGUCAGUGUACUGUUCCGCUGGAAUUUGACAGUUGUCUUUAAAGUAACGCAACUUGAAGUAGAAAAGAGUGGUCCUGGACAUAGAAGGGAGGUGGUUGGUUUAAGGGGUUAAUGUGAGGCCUUUUUGAAAAAUGCAUAUUUUGGUAAAGAGAAUUCUCUUUUGAGCACAGCUGAUACAAAUGGGUGAUUGUCAUGUUUGUUGUAUAAACUGGUUUAAUACACUUGGAACAUAGGUGGUUUAUAUUCACUUCCUGGGAAAGCUAGCUUACCACAUAUUAAAGCUUAUAAAAUAAGUUGCCAUAGGCAAAGCCAUUUAAAAAGUUUAUUCUGAAAUUAUUUCUUUUACCUACAGUGAAAUAAUUGUUAAGUAACUAGUCUUUACGGAAACUGUUGGAUUCUAGGCAUUCCUGAGAAAUUGAAAGUGGCUACCUUUCAUGUCAAAAAUGUUGAUCUAUUAUAAAUAAAAUGUUUUUGCAUACUU